CACAGCAUCACACAACCCGAGAACCGUAAGCACACGACGACACCACGUCAUGGGAAAACACAAGAAGCUGCUCCACUUCCUGCGGCCGGACCCGGCGGCAGCGGCGCCGGCGCCGGCCAAGUCCUCGUCGACAACGUCGGACGACGAGGAAAACGACGACGCCUACUACUACUGCUACGGCGCGGGCGACACGUCGUGUUCCACGCCGACGACUCCGAGCACGGCGGCGUCGCCGUACUCCGCGUCCCCGUGGACGCAGCUCCCGGGGCUCGGCCAGGACGCCCUCCCCCGUGGCGCGGGCGCGGUGACCGGGCUCCUCGGCUCGCUCGUCAAGGAGGGCGGGCACGUCUACUCGCUGGCGGCGGCGGGGGAGCUGCUGUACACGGGCACGGACUCGCGGAACGUGCGGGUGUGGCGGGACCGGCGCGAGCAGGGCGGGUUCCAGUCGGGCAGCGGCCUGGUGAAGGCCAUCGUGGUGGCCGGCGACGGCCGCGUCUACACGGGGCACCAGGACGGGAAGGUGCGCGUGUGGCGGCGCGCGGAGGGAGGCGGCGACGACCGUCCCGCCGCCGCGCACCGGCGCGUGGGGUCGCUGCCCCGGCUCCGGGACGUGCUGCGGAGCUCGCUCCGCCCGUCGCAGUACGUGCGGACGCGGCGGCACCGCAGCGCGCUGUGGAUGCGGCACACGGACGCCGUGUCGUCGCUCAGCGUCGACGCCGCGGCGGGGCUCAUCUACUCCGCGUCCUGGGACCGCACCUUCAAGGUGUGGCGCGCGUCCGACUCGCGGUGCCUCGAGUCCGUGCACGCCCACGUCGACGCCGUCAACGCGGUCGCCGCCGCCUCCUUCGACGCGCUCGUGCUCACGGGAUCCGCCGACGGCACGGUCAAGGUGUGGCGGCGCGGGGCGCGGGGCGACGGGAAGGGGGCGGCGGGCACGUGGCACACCAUGGAGCGCGUGCUGCGGGAGGGCGCCGGCGCCGUCACCGCCAUCGCCGUGGCCGUGGAGGCCCGCGUCGUGUACGUCGGCUCCUCCGACGGCGCCGUCGCGCACUGGCAGUGGCGGCGGGGCGCGCCCCCCGGCGCCGCGCCCAGGAACGGCGGCGCGCUGCGCGGGCACCGCAUGGCCGUGCUGUGCCUCGCGGUGGCCGGCCGCGUCAUCGUCAGCGGGUCCGCCGACCGGACCGUCUCCGUGUGGCGGCGCGGGGAGGGCGCCGACCACUCGCGCCUCGCCGUGCUCACGGGCCACGCGGGACCCGUCAAGUGCGUCGCCAUGGACCAGGAGGAGGAGGAGGGCACUGACGACGGCUCAGCCCCUGGCCGGUGGGUCGUGUACAGCGGCAGCCUCGACGGCUCCGUCAAGGUGUGGCGCGUCUCCGACUCGGACAGGGGCAGCGGCGGCAUCGCGGCCGACCUGACGACGGCGACGACCUCCGCGCGCUUCUGGAAGGCGUCCUCGCCCUCGCCGCUGCGAUCUUGGACGCCCUACGCGGCGACGCCGGAGCCGGAGCACAUGGGCGCGGCGUGAUGAGCGGCCAAUGCCGUGGCUGGCUGGGUGUGGUGGCGGUCUGGUCGGUGACCAGUGCGGCUGGUGGGGCCGGAACAUGCCGUGGAAGCUUUAGACUAUCUGCAGCGCUCCCCCCUUCGCACCCCCUUCCCUAUCACUGUGCACGCUAUAGGGGUACUGUUCACCCCUUACCGCCGCAGCGGUCGCCGCUAUCCGCCUCCCCUCGCCGCCGCCCUCUUCUCUCUCACGCCAGAUGCAGGGCGUCACUGUGCACUCCCCCUCCACUUCUUCGCGCGGAAGAAUCCGCCCGCGGCACGGACCGGAAGCUUCGCGGUCGUCUUCUCUCCUGUUCGAGGCGACUGCGUUUCGGCGAUUCGCGACGAGGCGAUGGCGAUUCGGGCGCGCUAGGGAGCCGGUCCGCGUCGGAGCUGUGGACGACGAAGCCGAGGUGGUCAGCAAGGUGCUCCGUUCAAGACCGAAGACGAAGAGGGCGCAAAUCCGGCUCCCUCCAGGUUCGUCGCCACUGCUUGGUUGCUUUCACCGUCCGACCAUCGACUCCAGCAUCGGAUCCCCAAUCCAGCAGUUCGAAUCGUCUUAUUACCGCCCAAAUCUUCGGAUCUUGAGCAUGGACCCUGCCAGCAAUGCGACAUCGUCGCAGGCGAUGUCGAAUCCGUCAAAUGCCCAGCAAUUUCCUCCACCACCACCCUUAUGGCCAACAGGUUACAUGCAGCAGAAUCCAGUCGAUUGCAACAUGAUGGGAAACAUUAAUUUUCCUAGUCCUGGUCAAGGUCCAACUACAAUGUGGGCGCCAAUUCAGGCAGGGAACACUAGUUCCCAAUCAACCAUGAUCCCUGCUUCCCAAUCUGCACUAUAUUGGAAUCACUACAUGAAUUUUGUGAGGAACCCUCUUGGCUCGGUGGGAAUGAGUCCAUACACGGAUUCAUAUCCACCUUCACUAUCAAGUACACCGUUGCAGGGUUCUAAUACUAUACCACAAAUGCCUGUAAACUUGGAGUCAGAUGCUGAACACAGUGUUCAGGACAUCAAUAGUCCUGAGAAAAAUGCACCUCCAGUUCAAAAACAAAAGAAAUCUAAGGAACAAAACUUUACAGCCCCAGAAGACAGACUCCUUUGUACUACUUGGUUGCAAAUAAGUAGUGACCCCAUUGUGAAUACUGGGCAAAGGAGGGAGGGUCUCUGGGCCAGAAUUGAAAAAAGGUACAAUGAACAAAGGGGGGAAUUUCCUUGUCGACUUAACAGAGCACUCAGUAGCCGAUGGGACAAGAUAAGGGCUGAUGUCAGUAAAUUCUCUGGAUACUACGCGAGAGUUCUACGAGAAAAACAAAGUGGUCUAAGUGAUGACGAUAAGACAUCGAAGGCAGCCACAUUGUUCGCUCAUGAGGAGGGCAAACCAUUUCAUUAUAUGCACUGCUGGCAUCAACUGAAGGGGGAACCCAAAUGGGAGAGCAUAUGUCAAGGACACUCUUUUAGAGGAUUACAUGCAAGAUCAAUUCCUUCGUCGGGGUGUCCAUCAGUGCAAACACCGGAGACUGACAGUGGAUCCGCUGGACUCUCAGGAAAAAAGGCCCCGUGGCCGUGAUUUCAGUAAAGCUGAGAGAAAGAAAGCUGGUUCAUCUUCGUCCCCGGAGUACUUAAGCCGAUUACAAGAAAUUACUGAGAAACAAAUACAGAGGUCCAUUGAAAAGGGGGAAAAAAAAA